CCCGCAAAAACAAUGCCAUCGUCAUGGUCCGGUACAUCAUAAGGCUGGUAUAUGUGCUCAUUGUUUUGCUCGCUGCCACGGCUCUGGCUUCACCUGCUCAGCGUCAUUUUGAGCUGUCCGACGAGCGUCAAAAGGAUCCGCCCUUGACGAUCCCUGAGGAGGAGCUGAGCUCUGCAUUAACGUGUCCAUACGGUGACCCGCAACUUAAUUCAACGAUAGUACUUCUCGUACAUGGUACUGGAAGUACGGGUAACGAGACAUGGGCCGCUACGUACGGCCCAGCCUUACUGUCUGAUGGAUUCGUGCCUUGCUGGGUGACCAUGCCCAACCGCUCUCUUGCUGACGCCCAAAUAUCCGUUGAAUACCUCGUCCACGCAAUCCACACACUUUCCCGCCUCCCCUCCUCCCACCAAAUCUCCGUCAUCGCACACAGCCAAGGCUGCCUUCACCUGCAAUGGGUGCUAACAUUCUUCCCCUCCACACAACCCCUCGUAUCGGACGCGAUCUACCUCGCCGGGGAUUUUCACGGCACAGCAAGUGGAGCCGUAUAUUGUGAAGUCCCACAUACCCUCCCAGACACCCCGCACGUUCAGAAAGGCUGUUUACCUUCCUUGUGGCAGCAGAUGCCCGAAUCGAAGUUCUUGAGUGCAUUGGAAGCACAUGGAGGGACUGGGGCUGGACAGUUAACGGAUGGAUCCGUGACGUCGAUUUACACGCUUACGGACGACAUCAUUAACCCCGAGCCACAAACCUCGAAACUGUCACCCUGUCCGAAAGACACUUGCACUUGCGCAAACAUCCCGAUUCAGCAUCCGCUCCUUCUUUGUCCCCCACCAACACCAGGCGCAACACCAACUGAUCACUUCAACAUCCUUACUUCAGCAAUCACCUAUGCUCUCGUCCUUGAUGCUCUGACGAACGAGGGUCCGGCGGACGUGAAGCGCAUCAUUAAGGAGGGAAAGGUGGCAGAAGCUUGUGUCAGGGGUGUCGCGGAGGGUAUGAAAAAUGGUGCGGGAGAGUGGGUUAGAGGUGCAAUGAUGGGUGUGUUGAGUGUUGCGAAGGGAGGGAAAGAGGAGAUUGGGAAGGAGCCUGAGCUGAGGGAGUACGCGAGGACGUGAGGUGGUGGGAUUGUACGAUAUGUCGGAAAAGUAGAGUUGUGGGAUCAUGGUUAUGGCGUUCGUAUUGAUUACAGUUCGGGUUUAUGGAUUUUGGGAUGGUAUGUGUUCGAAGACGUAAUAUUGCUAAUAAAGAUGAGCGCGAAUAAAUGGAGUGCGAGCUAGCAU